AAGUUGGGAGCUGCGGAGCCCCCGGGAUCCGCUCGCUCAGGGGGUUCCCCCGAAGGAAACCGCGGGACUGGGACGAGAGGGGACCUCAGCCUCGCGCCCCAGCCUGCGCCUGCCAGCGGACCGGCCUCCCCGCUCCCGGUCCUUCCACCAUGCACUUGCUGGGCUUCUUGGCUCUGGCGUGUUCCCUACUCGCCGCUGCGCUGAUCCCGGAGCCCCCCGCCACCGCCACCGCCUUCGAGUCCGGACUGGGCUUCUCGGAAGCGGAGCCCGACGGGGGCGAGGUCAAGGCUUUUGCAGGCAAAGACCUGGAGGAACAGUUGCGGUCAGUGUCCAGUGUAGAUGAGCUCAUGUCCGUCCUGUACCCAGACUACUGGAAAAUGUACAAGUGCCAGCUAAGGAAAGGUGGCUGGCAGCAGCCCACUCUCAACACAAGGACAGGGGACAAUGUAAAAUUUGCUGCUGCACAUUACAAUACAGAAAUCCUGAAAAGUAUUGAUAAUGAGUGGAGAAAGACUCAAUGCAUGCCACGUGAGGUGUGUAUAGAUGUGGGGAAGGAGUUUGGAGCAGCCACAAACACCUUCUUUAAACCUCCAUGUGUGUCCGUCUACAGAUGUGGGGGCUGUUGCAACAGCGAGGGGCUGCAAUGCAUGAACACCAGCACAGGUUACCUCAGCAAGACGUUGUUUGAAAUUACAGUGCCUCUCUCUCAAGGCCCCAAACCAGUCACAAUCAGUUUUGCCAAUCAUACUUCCUGCCGAUGCAUGUCUAAACUGGACGUUUACAGACAAGUUCAUUCAAUUAUUAGACGUUCUCUGCCAGCAACAUUAUCACAGUGUCAAGCAGCCAACAAAACUUGUCCAGCAAACUAUGUGUGGAAUAACUACAUGUGCCGAUGCCUGGCUCAACAGGAUUUUAUCUUUUAUUCAAACCCUGAGGAUGACUCUACCAAUGGAUUCCAUGAUGUCUGUGGACCCAACAAGGAGCUGGAUGAAGACACCUGUCAGUGUGUCUGCAAAGGGGGGCUUAGGCCAUCCAGCUGUGGACCCCACAAAGAACUAGACAGAAACUCAUGUCAGUGUGUCUGUAAAAACAAACUUUUCCCCAGCUCAUGUGGAGCCAACAGAGAAUUUGAUGAAAACACUUGCCAGUGUGUAUGUAAAAGAACCUGUCCUAGAAACCGACCCCUGAAUCCUGGAAAAUGUGCCUGUGAAUGUACAGAAAACACAGAGAAGUGCUUUCUAAAAGGGAAGAAAUUCCACCAUCAAACAUGCAGUUGUUACCGACGACCAUGUACAAAUCGACUGAGGCAUUGUGAUCCGGGACUGUCAUUUAGUGAAGAAGUGUGUCGCUGUGUCCCAUCAUAUUGGAAAAGACCACAUAUGAACUAAGAUCAUGCAAAUUUUCAUUUCAUCAUCUUACUGUCUUGAAAAACUGUUGCCACAUUAGAACUGUUUAUACACAGAAAGUCUCUGUGGGACCAUGGUAACAGAGGCUCAAGACUGUGUUUCAUGAACCGUGGGGAUAGCUGCAGGAAUGGCCUGGCACUCAUGUAAAAAGGCCUCUUCAAAGACUGCUUUUCUACCAGUGACCAGACAGCCAAGGUUUUCCUCUUGUGAUUUAAAAAUGAAAAGAAGAAAAAGAAAAAAAAGAAUGACUAUAUAAUUUAUUUCCACUAAAAAUAUUGUUCUGCAUUCAUUUUUAUAGCAAUAACAAUUGGUAAAGCUCACUGUGAUCAGUAUUUUUAUAACAUGCAAACUAUGUUUAAAAUAAAGUGAAAAUUGUAUUAUAA